UAGUUUCUUUGUGGUAUGUAGAAAGUACAUUCUCUCAGACUGUCACUUGUUUUUUGAAUAGCUUCUCCAGUCUUGAGAAAUCAUAGAUGUGGCUAAAAACUAAGAUAGUGCCAAAGACGUAUCUGCUUUAAUUUUUACAACUAUUUACCAGGCAAAAACGUUUUUGUUACUUUUUAAAGUGAUUAUUUGUUAAAUGUAAUUCUACUUGUCUCAUUCCUAGAUCUGGUUUUCUAUAUCAAUAAAAUAAGAUUAGCUUUAGAUAAGGGGUUCCAAAUGACAAAAAAAGUCCAGAACAAUGUACAAAUGGUAGAUUUCUUUAUAAAGCUAAAUUUAAUGUUUAUUUCUGUUAAAAUAUGUUUAUAAAAUUUUUGAAGUUAUACUGAUUAGUUAGACUCGAAAUCUGGAAAUCCUGGAAACCACUGGCCUAGUUUAUUCCAGUAGUCUAUUUCAAUGUUAACGUUCUCUGAUCCUAUGAUCUAUUCUUCCCUUGACUUCCUUCAUCCCAAAAGAAAGGAAAUGUAUAUGGAAUGUCUUAUGAAUCAAAGAGCUUAAGGGUACUUAGUGGUUGUACCAAUCAGGAUAGAAUAGGUUAUACGAAAGUAACAAAAACUAAAACUUCUCAGUGGCUUACAAAUGCCAAGUUUAUCUCUCAUGUUCAUCUCAGAUCAACAAGGACACUCUUUGUAUCAGAUCACUUUACAAUCUGUCACAGAAACAUCAUUUUGACACAUACUUUAACUAUCACAGAGGCCACAAAGUGGAACAUAUUGCUUAUGUUUGCAUUUCAUAGCCAAAACAAAUCACAUGGACAUUCCCGACUACAAUAGGACAGGGGUGUAUAUUUCACCUGCAGGGAGAAGCACCAAAUAUUUGUGAAUAACUGUAUAUUCUGUAGGUGAGUAUGAGAUCAGGAAUAAAAACUGUGCUAGAGAAAAUUAAUUUAGAUUCGAGUGAAAAUUUAAAAAAUAAGAAAUAUGAGAAUAAACUUUACCACCUCUGCAGUCUUCUAAACAUGUUAAUAUUAGCUAAACAGAAAUUUCCAGAUUCCAUAAUAUUUUCACAUACAAUAUUUUCUUUGACUUUUAUAACAACCCACUGAGGCAGACUGAUAGGACUGAGUAAUGCCUAAGAGCUCACCACAAGUUAGAAUGCUUGGUUUUGAAUUUCAGUCUCAGCAUUUACUGAACUUUGACCAUGGACAAAUUGCAUCACUUAAUUUCUCAGUGCCUCAGUCUCCUCCUUUUAAAACUGGGUAUAGUCGUAGUUCUAUCUUGCGUUUAUGUAUGUGUGAAGAAUGAAAGUGUUAAUACAUGGAAAUGGCACAUAGCAGCUCUCAAUGCAUGUUGUUAGUUGCUGUUAGUUAUUUCUGGUUUUUAUCACAUUUAUCAACAAUACUAUUAUGUCCAUUUUCUAAAGGAGGACCAAUAUGCAAUCUACAAACUUUCAUGUUUUCUCUAAGGUUCACACAGUGGAUGGCAAAGCUUUGAUUCAAAUUAGGGUUUCAAUUUAGCGAUUUUUGUUGACCUUUUAGACACACACUUUAUUUAACUAAUUUGACAAAAUCAUAUUCUAAUCUGUGUCUUUAAGAUUAUUUUAGCAAAAUUUUUGCUAUAGAUUGAAAUGAAUAGUUCAGGAAAUAAAAGACUAGAUGAGAUUGAGAGAGGUUUUUGUAGGAAGAGAAAGAAAGACAAAGAGAAAGCAAACAACUGAAAAGGAGCAGUGUGUUCAGAAGAGGGGGCAGUGCAGCAGCUGAGCAGGGGGGGAAGACAGUGGUUUGCUCGGGAAGCAGUGACAGUGGCCAAUCUGUUCUCACUGUGGAGCUCAGAUUAGUCUUUUUGUAUAAACUAGAUUUAGAGAGUUGGAACAGGAUUGUAAGAACACAUAUUGAAAGUAAGAGGAUUCUAGAAAAUCUAUAAAGUCUUAUAUCCAGGAUUAUUUUUCCUAGCUAAAGAAAAAGCAAAGCCAGAACUAUGUGAUUUUGUGAUUUUAUGAUUGAAAAAGACUGAACUGUGGAUUUUAGAGAUUGCUGAUAUAAGAAAGUUGAUGUGGAAUAUAAAUAGUUGCUGCAAAGAACCCUGACAACUUCAAAGCACAAUGAAGUUCCUUCUGUUACUUUCAGCCAUUGGGUUCUGCUGGGCUCAGUAUGACCCACAUACCCAAAGUGGACGGACAUCUAUUGUCCAUCUGUUUGAGUGGCGCUGGGUUGAUAUUGCUCUUGAAUGUGAGCGAUACUUAGCUCCCAAAGGAUUUGGAGGGGUUCAGGUCUCUCCACCCAAUGAAAAUAUCGUAGUUAAUAACCCUUCAAGACCUUGGUGGGAAAGAUACCAACCAAUUAGCUACAAGAUAUGUACAAGAUCUGGAAAUGAAGAUGAAUUUCGAGACAUGGUGACCAGAUGUAACAACGUUGGUGUUCGUAUUUAUGUGGAUGCUGUAGUUAAUCAUAUGUGCGGAAGUGGUGGCGGUGCAGGAACGAGCAGUACUUGUGGAAGUUACUACAAUGCUGGAAGUAGGGACUUUCCAGCAGUCCCAUACUCUGGUUGGGAUUUUAAUGAUGGUAAAUGUAACUCUGGAAGUGGCGAGGUUGAGAACUAUAAUGAUAUCUACCAGGUCAGAGAUUGUCGCGUGGUUGGUCUUCUUGAUCUUGCGCUGGAGAAAGAUUAUGUGCGUUCCACGAUUGCUGACUAUCUGAAUCAUCUCAUCGACUUGGGUGUAGCAGGGUUCAGAUUGGAUGCUGCUAAGCACAUGUGGCCUGGAGACAUAAAGGCUUUUUUGGAUAAACUGCAUAAUCUAAACACAAACUGGUUCCCUCAAGGAAGUAAACCUUUCAUUUACCAGGAGGUAAUUGAUCUGGGUACUGAGCCAAUUAAAGGCAGCGAGUACUUUGGAAAUGGCCGUGUGACAGAAUUCAAGUAUGGUGCUAAACUAGGCACAGUUCUGCGCAGGUGGGAUGGAGAGAAGAUGGCAUACUUAAAGAACUGGGGAGAAGGCUGGGGUUUCAUGCCUUCAGACAGAGCACUUGUCUUUGUGGAUAACCAUGACAAUCAGCGAGGACAUGGAGCUGGAGGAGCGUCUAUUCUUACAUUCUGGGACUCUAGACUGUACAAAAUGGCAGUUGGAUUUAUGCUGGCUCAUCCUUAUGGAUUUACAAGAAUAAUGUCAAGCUACCGUUGGGCAAGAAAUUUUCAGAAUGGACAAGAUGCUAAUGAUUGGAUUGGGCCACCAAAUAAUAAUGGUGUGAUUAAAGAAGUUACUAUUAAUCCAGACACUACUUGUGGCAAUGACUGGGUCUGUGAACACCGAUGGCGUCAAAUAAGGAACAUGGUUGCGUUCCGUAAUGUAGUUGAUGGCCAAGCUUUUACAAACUGGUGGGAUAAUGGUAGCAACCAAGUAGCUUUUGGAAGAGGAAACAGAGGAUUCAUUGUCUUUAACAAUGAUGACUGGGCAUUGUCUUCAACUUUGCAAACUGGUCUUCCUGGGGGCACAUAUUGUGACGUUAUUUCUGGAGAUAAAGUUGAUGGCAAUUGUACAGGAAUUAAAAUCUAUGUUUCCAGUGAUGGCAGUGCUUACUUUUCUAUUAGUAACACUGCUGAAGAUCCAUUUAUUGCUAUUCAUGCUGAAUCAAAAUUGUAAAAUUUGAAUUAAAUACAUUCACCCUGAGAAAUAA